AUGCGCAACUUCUCUCUGUUUAUUUUUUUUUUUCUCCUGGAUGAUGAACAGAUCCGAUCAAGUGCAGAACGAGAGGUCAAGCGUAAAGAUGACAUUGCAGAUGAGGACAGGGGCAAUGUGAAGUCCUGCGAGGUCAAUUAUGUGAAGAAGUUUCAGAGUUUUCAGGAUCGGCAGCUCAGGAUUAAUGAGGAAGACUCUUCUACGCUGAAGAAAGCCAGAAUGGAUGGGAAGUUUCAUGAAGCUUUGCUCGACAGGAGAAGCAAGAUGAAAGCAGACAGGUACUGCAAGUGAAGACAACUUUGUAGAUCACGGCCUCCUUUGAUAACAUAUUGAUUUCAGGAAUUUGGCCUUUUAAUUUGACAUUAAAUGUCCUUUUUGUUUUUAUUUUUUUAAUAAACAUUACCUGGUCUGUUUUGUCAUGCUCAGUUUUCCUGGUUUGUUUUUAUUUCCUGCAGCCAAUUUGAUUAUUUGUGGUGAAUUCCAGACCCACUGGUUUGUUCAAUGUAAAUCAUUAACUAGUGUGGUGUUUGCCCUGUGUUUAUGUACAGAAGAUGAAACUUGUGCCCAAAAAUCACACGUUAAUUUACAGUAAUUUAAGUAAAGGAUGUGGGGAUAACUUAAAUGAUGUGUUUUACUCUCCACUUUAUUUUCCAUUGUACACAAACCUAUGUCAACACUUGAACAUUACACUUAUGUGACUCUUCAUCAUCUCUUUCCAAAGCCAUGGGCAUUAAUCUGCUGCUGUAACAGCCUCCACUCUGGAAAAGCUUUCCACAGGAUUUAGGAGCCUGACUGCAGAGAUUUGCUCCCAUUCAGCCACAGGAUUAUUGGUGGGAUUAGGUACUGAUCUUAGGGCAAUGUGGCCAGCUCAAAUCUGGGGUUCCAGUUCAUCCCAGAAGUCUUGGAUGGGGUCAGAGGUCUGUGCAGACCACUCAGAAUCCUCCACCCCAAACUGAGAACAGUUUCUCUGUGGCUCUGCCUUUAUGCAUGUUGUCAUGCUGAAACAUGAACACACCACUGAUUUAAAGUGUUUGACUUGUCUUUUCUAACAAGUGUGCCAACCAUUCCCUAGUCCCAGCUUCUCAGGGUUCACUGCUUUUCUUUGUCUUGUGUAACGUCUUUGGAUUUUAGAUUAUUGGUCAAACAAGACACGGUGUUUAAUGGAUAUCACAUUUAGGCUGAGGGAAUAUGUGAUGUAAUGUCUUUGCUACUUUCUUGCAUUUUAUAGACCAAAUGAAUAAUCAGUUGAUUGAGAAAUAAUCAACAGAUUAAAUCUUAAAUUAAAAGGUCAUGAGUUGCAUCUUAAUGCUGCUCAUGUACUGUAUGUGUGUAUGAAUAUUUGUAUCAGUCAUGGAAGAUGUACUCAAAGCACCAGUAAAACUAUAUAAAAGUCAAUUCAAAAUCCCACAGAAUUAAACAUAUAUAUUAGCAGAAGAAAUGUAUAAUUCUCCAAAGUUAAAAGUUUUUGUUCUCUGGGAAAAUGGCUCUGCUGACUGAUAUAUGUAUAUUUUGAUUAUUGACUUCCUAUACAGUUCGGUGUCUUCGUCCAGGCUCACCCCAGAGGGUCAUGAGAUGAUUUGGUAGAAAAGUAAACAAAAACGAAUUCCUGCACAAGUUAAAAUUACUUGGUAGGUAGCCUUAACAGUGUGUUAUUUUUAGAAAGAUCCUGUGUUUUCAGCCAAAAUUCUUAUUCUGCAAAGUAACUAGUAACUGCAGCUGCCAGAUGAAGUGUAGUGGAUUAAAAAUAGGUUAUAUUCCGGAAAUGUGCUGAAGUAGCGAUAUAAAGUACAAUAAAUGAAAUAUAUCAUUAAAUAUUCAAGUACAUUUGAUUUGAUUUGAUUUAAUCUUUAAUGGUGUACUGUGCUUAAUUGUUUCUCGCCACCGUGUGCUAUUUAACAGAUACUUAAACCCAAUGUAACGUUAGUCCGCCGGAGCAAAACAAAUGUAUUAGACACAUAUAAAUAUAAAUGUAUGUGUCAUUCAAGAUGUAUGCAAGAAUAAGAGAUUUAA